AUGGAGACGCCAAUCGAGGGCGCUGAGGAUCUCUCAAAGCAGACAAAAAUUCGAUACGGUACACUGGCAAAAGGAUCAACAAUGACGUUCUUUAAUGAAUCAAAGAUUGAGACGUACGAGCGAAUGUGGAAAGCGAUGAGUGAUGGUGGCGGCACUUUUGUACAGAAUAGUCGAGAGGGGAUACAAAGGGUCAAGAGUGAAGUUUACGCUUAUCUAAUGGAAUCAUCGAUGCUCGAGUACGCGGUCGAACGAGAUUGCGAGUUGACACAGGUCGGUGGUUUGCUCGAUCAAAAGGGUUAUGGAGUUGGCCUUCCAAAAGGAUCACCGAAUCGAGCGGCAAUUUCGAGAGCGAUUCUCUACCUUCAAGAGACCACUGUGUUAACUGAGUUAAAAAAUAAAUGGUGGAAAGACGCGUCUCAUUCUUGCGGGAAUCACAUCCGCAAUCCGGACGACGAUGGCGGACCGGUGGCCGGUUUGGCGUUGUGUUUGCUCAGCGGUCUCGUUUUCUCCACAACUCUCUCAAUUCUUCAAUAUAUGAUCUCUUUGUGGCCAAGAGACGAAAAACCGAUACAAUCAGUUCCCACCCUGUCAGCUCUUCUUUCUGUGGCCAUUUUGGGUAUAAAAGCGCCGCAGGAGAUUCGUCGCAAAAUCGGCCGUUUGGAUCAAGUGGAAAGCGUUGUCGAAAGAGCGCCGAGUCGUGAGAUGUCAAAUGAGAAACUCUUCCAAAAUGGUGAAAGCCUCGAUCGAUCGUCGACACUCCGAAAAGAUCGCGAGAGACGGCGAACAUUGACGCUCACCGAUAUGAGAUCGCUCGGCUUU